AUGUUAUGGAGUUCCCUUUCAUAUAUUCCAUUAUUAGCCGAAUAUGGUUAUUUUAGAUUCUUUGUUCUGGCUUGGAGUUCAGGAGAUAAAAUGUUAUAUAAUUUACUUGCAUUAAGAUUAAGACAUAUGGGAUAUGUAGUAGUUGUACCAAAUUAUUCAUUAUACCCUAAAGUAAAAAUCAAUGGCAUGUUAUCAGAUGUAAAACGAGCUUUGAUAUGGACAGAAAAAUAUAUCAAACAAUAUAUGUGGGAAUCUCAAAGAGGGGUUGAAGAAGUUUCUGCAUUGGGUAGAGUUAUGGUUUCAUUACUUUCAAAUGUUGUAAAAAAUAAUGAUGUUGAUGUUGAUCAAUUAAGAGAUUUGUUACCAUCUAAAAUUUUAUUAAUUCAUGGAGAUAGGGAUUCCACUGUACCAUUGGAACAAAGUUUAAUGUUUAGUCCAUUUAAAAAUAAAUUUACUCCUCACCUUGAUAGUGAAUUAAGAAAUUUCAUGGUUAAUUAUGAUGAAAAUUAUCAUUAUUUUGAUUAUAUAGAUGACGAUGAAUAUCUUGCUUGUUAA